AAGAGUAUUAAUUGAUGCAUUUAUUAAAAGCUUUGAAUGUCCCUCCCUCUCAUGUCCUGUAUCCAACUCCGUCCUCUUUAUUUCUCUCUUUUCCUAUCAAAAUGCCAAGAUUUGCUUUGUAUUGUAUAUCAGCAUUUCUUUUUUCUUAAUCGAACCUAAGCCUUGAAAUCCAAACCUCCAAAAACCGCUUUUUUUCUUAUCAUCUUCCUCUUAGAGAUUCAGACUGCAAAGUCUUAACAAAUGGGGGCGUACAGAGCCGACGACGAUUACGAUUACCUGUUCAAGGUCGUUCUGAUAGGUGACUCCGGCGUCGGCAAGUCCAACCUCUUGUCUCGCUUCACCCGCAACGAAUUUAGUCUUGAAUCCAAGUCCACCAUUGGCGUCGAGUUCGCCACUCGCAGUAUACAUGUCGAUGACAAGGUCGUCAAGGCCCAGAUUUGGGACACUGCUGGCCAAGAAAGAUAUCGUGCAAUAACGAGUGCAUACUACAGAGGAGCUGUUGGUGCAUUGCUUGUUUACGAUGUUACUAGGCACGUUACUUUUGAGAAUGUUGAAAGAUGGUUAAAGGAGCUCCGGGAUCACACUGAUUCCAGUAUUGUGAUUAUGCUUGUAGGAAACAAGGCAGACUUGCGGCACUUGCGAGCUGUUUCCACAGAGGAUGCAACAGCGUAUGCAGAGAAAGAGAAUACAUUUUUCAUGGAAACCUCUGCCCUAGAGUCCUUGAAUGUUGAAAAUGCCUUCACUGAAGUGCUCACUCAGAUAUAUCGAGUUGUCAGUAGGAAAGCUCUUGACAUCGGGGAUGACCCAACAACCUUGCCCAAGGGACAGACGAUCAAUGUUGGAUCUAAAGAUGAUGUAUCUGCUGUGAAAAAAGUUGGAUGUUGCUCUUCAUAGUCUGAUGAAAUGAAGAAAGUUGCUGUCAUGAAACUAGUAUCUCCAUUGUUUGAGUGUGAUACAGAGAAACUUUACAUCACCCACAUUUGAUCGAUGAAGCCACAUACUUCGAGACGCUUCAAACGUUUAAUAGAUGCAGUCAACAAACUAAAUUUUAUGGCUUUAUGGCAUACAUACCAUGCUGCAAGACACUCGAAAUGUUGUUGGAAAUUUGCUACAGACCCUGGUUUUGGAUGUAAGAAAUUCUUUUCUGCGUUUGGUGUAAGAUGUGGUUCUUCAUUUAUUUAUUUAUUUUUUUCGGUUCAUGUUCCUUAAAUUAUAUAUAAUUGCUUGCGCAGGUUUCUUUAGUAUUGGAUAAUGGUUGUUUUUAUACUUGAUUAAUCAAUUUAGUGGUUUGGUAUUUAAGCUUUUA